AUGCCCUCCCUGCAGCAGACGCUCCUGUUCUCUCUCUCGGGGGUCCUGGCCCUCUCGUCAGGCCUCCUCUCAGCGGUGGUCUCAGGUCUCCCCCUCUGGGUGGUGGGGUCGGUGCUGUGCCUCACGGGGGCCGAGCUGGUGAACGCCUCGGGGCCCGAGCUGGAGAAGUUCAGGGGGGAGCUGAGCUAUGGCCUGCUGGGGGGGAGGAGGGUGAGGCAGUGUGGGCUGGGGGGCCGCGCCUCCUCCUUCUACUUCUUCCCAGAGCUGCUGAGCGCCAUCCCAGUGGCCCUCCACGUCAGCGUCCUCUUCUUCUGUGGUGUGGUGGUCCUCUUCUCCUCCGUGGCCUCCGGCUUCUUCUUCUUCAACGCCUUCGGACGGCCCUACGAGACGCUGCAAGGCCCUCUGGGACUUUACCUGUGGACCCGUGUGAGCAGCUGUCUGGUGAUGAUCCUCUUUGCCUCGGAGGUGAGCUUGAACCACCUGUCGGACCGGAUCGUUAACUUUAACGAGGCGAGCUUCGUGUACCGGACGCACAAGCGAGAGAUUCGGACGCUGCUUCUGGCCUCUUCUUCCUCGUCCUUCCUGCUGCACGCCGUCAACUUCCUGUUGAUCCGCCUGACGGGGGUGCAGUUCCCCCUUCAGGGGCAAAGAGAGAGCUGAGCGGGGGGGGGGGCGGCCGACCUCAUGUACUGA